UUUAAUAUUUAAUAUUAUACGAUAGCGCUUAUCAGACUUAUAAAAUAGUAUCGCGCUGUCAUAUAUAUUGUAUGAAAUUUUAAUAAUCAUUUUAGAAUCACUGAAAUUGGAACACGUUUAAAAAAAGAGAAAUUAACGGUUCUUGGUUUGCGUACCAAAUAUACUACUUAUAUUUCGCAAAAAAUCUACAUAUAUUCCCGAUUAUUAACUAUUUUUGGAAGAUAGAUAUUUUUAGAAAAAAGGUAACUUCGGUUCUUGUAACCAGUGUUGUAGCCAGUGUUGUAACAAAUUGAAUUUUGCCAAUACUUUUCUACUUUUGCAAUUUAAAGCGCAGUAAAUAAUAAAACGUUUGACACUAAAAUAACCAAGCGCAACCAACUUGUUCCUUAUCGAUCGUGCUGACUUUCAAAUGUAGCUUCUGAGAAUUCCGACAAACAUUUUUGCCAUUAUAUUCACCUUUCUUCUCACGAAGAUUCCUUUUUAAUCACGCUUAUCGCAAAAUCAUGCAUCACCGUAGAGAAGCACUCGUGGCGAAACUUUAACGCCAAAAAGUUCGACGCGAUCGCACGGACGAUGCCAGCCGCAAUUUUCUAUAGAAGAAAUCCUACAGCACGUCGAGAGAAUGUGAAUACGCAACCCCAAACGACAGAAAGCGCCAAUCGACUUACCAUUAAGCCAGCAGUGACAAUCGGUAAUUCGAUCAUGGAAGCAUUUCCGGAAGAAGCUCAAGUAGAACAAUUCUCAAGUUCCAUACCGCAGAAUACUUUGGCAUAUUUGACAAGAAUUACACCCAAAUCGAAAAGUAACCAGCACAACUCGUCCCUGCAACAGGAGUGGGAGUACGUACAACUCGACAAAUCUCUGAAAAGAAAAUCUGGCAUGAAGAAUUAUACGAACGAUGCCACAAUUUAUUAUUCGACGACCGAUCGCACUUUGCGAAAUUUAACUGACCAGUCUCAAAUAUUUAGUUCUUUUGAUGACGUCGUAAGAUCCUUGAUAUUGAAGCAUAACACUUCAUUGAAAGACAACCGAAAUACAGUCGAAAGAUUUUUACAACCUGCCAAUGAUCAUGAUAAUGGCACGCGGAAAACGAAUAGUAGCAUAGCAAAUACCAGCAAGUUUGAUUAUACGACGGAAACAUUUAAUGUAUCCACUUCAAACAUAACAAAAGUUAAUUCUUUCUCUAAUUCUAAAAAGAGAAAAAAUAAUACGAAAAGAAAAAAUUCUAAAACGAAAAAUCGAGAUAUUAAAACCAGAAAUAAUACUUCCUCGAAUAAAGAAGCGAAAAAGAAGAGCAGUGACGCAUAUAACACUAAUGCAACAAAAUCGAAAUCGAGGAAAAGGCACCAGAAAGUUGGUAGAAAAAUAGUGACAAAAAUUAACAACUCGAGCAAAAAUAAUACUGAUCUUAAUAAUAUAAAAAGGAAACAUCGCUUCGAAAAUGUCACAACAGAAGUUAUGAAAAGUGCCUAUGAGGAGAUGCUUAGCACGGAAAGUAAUUUUUUAACGACUCAACAAGAGCUAACCACUGUUACUCAACAGAUCAAUGAUUCGAUUUAUGGAUCCGAUAGCGAAGUAGCACCUGCAUUGCAUCGAAAUAAUUUAACGACUAGUGAGGUUUUGAAUGAGACAAUUUACAUGACAACUUCUGAAACAACGAUAAAUAUGGUAAACGACACUAAUGUUGCAAGGAAUUCUAGCGUGAAAAAUUCAAAUCGCAGAAACAGAACAAUUUCUAAAAAAAAUCCGUCUAAAAGUCCACGCAGAAAGCAUGGCUCCACUAAUCAGAAACAUUAUGAUGAAUAUUCUUCAUCUACCACUACAAUGAGAACGACAACAGAAUUUGGAAAUGAUGUAAUUGAUAAAACUGACGCUGCUGUAAAAGAUACCACUUCGAAAAAUAUUUAUGCAGCACGCGGAACUUUAAAUGUUGGAGAAAGAAAUACACAAGAAAAAUACAUCAAAACGAAAAGUAGCGAUUUGGCCACUAAGAAAGACUACUUUUUGCGCAUGAUAAAGAAACAUCAUAAUUUUUUAAAUUAUUAUAAUAAAUAUAACUUUACAGUAUCUAAAAUACCAAUCCCUGUAACUGAGAGCUCCAAAAAAAUUAAAAAGGAUGUUCUGGUGAACACAACAUAUGAUCCAACGCAGGAACCCAUUCUAUUUGCUCCUGAAAUAUUUGUUACGGAACCUGAGACAGCAGAGAUAAAAAAAAUCAAUUAUUCCUUGAUAAAAAUAGAGAGCUUGCCGUAUGAAUCUCAUUCUCCAAAUGUAGAACUGACUCGGUAUAUCCCAACAAGUAACCAAGUCUUUGAGAGUAUCGAUAAAAUAUCAAAAAAUCUUUCGAAUUCGAGUUAUACAUCAAUCCAGCGAAACCCCGAUCGAAGCAAAGGAGAUUGUAGUCCAAAUAAGAUGCAUAAGCAAUCAAAGCUCUCUAGAAAAUUUCAUGAAAAUAACGAAAGCUUGACGACAAUAAAGACCAACAACAGUAUAGAUUCUGGAUUAAUAAGUUCCGAUGAAGAGUUCGAUUCAACAACUGCAGAUAAUUGCACGUAUUCUCUGUCAGAGGAAACGCGAGAAUCCAGGGAGACUCUGGAAGAAGAAUCAAAAAAUGAUUUCGACGUGUUCUUAAACUGGUCGAAACCAUCGUCGACCACAACGAGCAACCCAGAAAUCGUCACGCAGUUAAGCGAAAACGGAACCAAAAGGAACAACGGGCGCAGGCGCAAUAGCCGUCGUCGUAAUGAUCAUAAGAACAACAGAUCCAAGAACCGGCAGAAAAAUCACGAUGCAGAUCGUAAGAAGAAACACACCACCGUACGUUGGCAGACCGUCGAGACGACGAGUGUCGAUUACGGCAACGAUUAUAGUCCAGAGUCAAGAGACUCUUCUCGUAAUGAUCCACGGUACGACAAAGCUGACGAUGGUCAGAAUAGAAGAACUGGUAGGAGCGACUGGUUUACCACUAAUGAAACUACAACGGAAUACUUUAAGAUGAAAUCCUCUGGCGUUGAUGAAUCCGUCACUGAACAUCUUGCAAAAGACAGUACUCGAGAACUUCAAUCUGAAGGAACAACGAAUGUGAAUCUCAUCGCUGAUAGUACUACGUCUCAUUUAUCAACGGCGUCCGAUGGAAAAAGUCUCAGAAAAUCUAAAGUGAGGAUUACAACUACCACUGAAAGUAGCUGGUUUGACAGUUUCUGGUCAAGCAAUAAUGAAGAAACACCUGACGAAGAAUCGAUUGACAAUAAAGAUGUUACAUCGUUUCCAGUUACUAGCAGUUCUACAGAAAAAGAGGAAACUAAAGAAACGAGAUAUUACAGUGUCUCUCCCAGCAAUGAUUUCACUUCCACGUAUGACGAAUCCAACAAAAAAUUCCCGUUGGUCAGUACUACGUCAUCUUGGAAAGUAGUCAGUAAAGAGGAUGACGAGACGAAUGACGAAGAAAGAAGCAUAACGUACAGCACGAUCAAGAGCCAAGAAAGUAACGAGAGAGGCACAACAGAUAAAUUAAUCUCGAAUGAGAGAAGCAACGAGAAUAGCGAAGAAGCUCUUUGGGAUUGGUUCGAGUCUUGGGAUUGGGAGGCUGUUACGCAUUCUGCAAUAGAAGGUAUUACGCACGAUACAAUCUCGGAUCUCGAUAGUGAAGAGGAAGAAAACGGAGACGAGAAGACGUCGUCUGAGGAGGACAACGAGAUCGAAAACGGCGUCACAUCGGCCACCGAGGAUUACGAGACUGAACAUUGCGAUAAGAAUCAGCACGCAUGCGAUAAGUACACGUGCAUCGACGAGGACAAAGUCUGCGACGGCACGGCAGACUGUCCCAAUUCGAGCGACGAGAUCGACUGCCAGUACAUAGACUUCAAAAGAAGGGAGCAUAUGAACGGAGAAAUUGGAAAGCCUGACUACUCAAAGGAUCUUGAAGUCACGUCGUCCGACGAAUGCAGCCCUUACGAGCAUCCUUGCGACGGCGGAUGCAUAAACGCCCUGAGCGUCUGCGACGGUGAGAAGGACUGCCUGGACGGUACUGACGAAGAGAAUUGCACAAACUUGGAAGGUACACCCUGCACAGGAAGUAAUAUCUCCUGGGUGGUCGCGUCCUGUUCUUCGUUUCUGCUGUACAAAGUUUCUCGCCUGGGACAGAUCAAGAGCGGAUACAUACGUCGCGAAACCUCAAGCGAACGCGACGUCGUUUCGGGCUCGAUCUAUCAUCUUCUGCUGUACAGAAAAUGGCUUUGAAGAUUGAAAUUCAGAAUGGCUAAUACGUGGACGUCUUUGGGAAACUGCUGAGAUACUCUAUCGCGGAAAACAGAAUUAAGAGAAAUUAUACUUUCAGCUGAUGGGUGCUUCAUCCUUUAUGUUUAUGUCGAUGUUACCAUGAAGCUGCGGGAAAUGCUCGCUUCCUCACUCUUGGAGUAACGAUGCAUCGCGACGAAUAUUGGGAGUCCGCGUCGCGUAUUACGCGCAACGCAGCUUUGGGCGAACGUGUUAACAAAACGAACCCCUCGUGAAACGCGGGUAACAGUACUUUAAAGUAGAAAUGCACGUUUACGUUGUGUCGUCCAACUUUGCUGUAAAAAGUAUUGCCUCCUGUAGAAAGAGAGAGAAAGAGAGCGAAAUGGCCAAAACUGAAUUGGAUAAUUACGUAUAAGAUAAUCCUUAAAGUGCACAUUGUGAGGACUUCAAAGAAGAUUAUUUCAUCUCUUAUUAAAUUAUCUUGUGUCUUACUUUUAUUAGAUUACACUCAUCUAAACUUCUCAAUCUGAAAAAGGAUUUGCAAUUGACGAUUGCAGGAACCAAAUCAAUGCGUGAAUCACUGGCUGCGUUAGUCAUCAAGCAUGCUGCAGACAAUCGGCCGCCAGUAUCUUUAUACGAUCUUUAUAUGUUUAAUGUUGAGUACAGUAUCUUAUAUACAUAGAACGAUUUGAUCGCUGAUCAAACAUCCGCAACAUGGUAAAGCGCAAAUCCUCUUCUCAGAUAUAGGAAGAUCAUUCCAUUUUAUCGAUUUCAUUCUUGACAUCGUCAUCGCGUUUUCUUGUUUUUUCUCAAGGAAACAGGAUGCAAAUCCACUUGUCUGCCAUAAAUCACAGAAAGAGGAAUCUCAAUAACAUUAUACGAAGUUACUUCCGGAAAUAAUGACAAUACAGUACAACACUUAUACUGAAAUACUGUACGUUGUACACUGUACAUUGUACACUAUAGUCUACAAACAUGUUGAGUUAACGAUAAGAGAAAAUAAAGGAAUAUGAGACUUCAUAAAGAAUCUUGAAACGCUAGUUAGAAAAGUUUUUUUUUAAACUUAAAAAGAUGUAAGAUUUAUAAUGCAAAUGGAUAUGACUAACGUUAAAUGUUUGCUCUUGUAUAGCAAAAACACCGUAGUCGGAUUGUCUCAUAUUUUUGUUUACUUUUAUAAUUAAAGUAUUUCUAACCACUUUCGAAGGGCUUAUUCACGAUGCUUUAAGUGUUUAGACAAGCUUCAAGAAUAUCCUGUGUAAAAAGUCUCUUGGUCGCGCAAAUACGCGUUUUACCAAAGACGCUUUUUAUGUACAGAUUUACGAGCCCUCUACUCAUGCCUAAAACUGCUUUAAAUGUCUCAUCCUAUGUUCAUAGCUUGUACAUAACUUCAACCUCGGAGACUCGCGUGUUCCAGUCGUCCAUUAAACAAUAAUUAUUUCUCAUUAUCAUAAAUUAUUGCUUUAAGUAAAAUUAUUGUUUUAGCUAAAAUAGUAGAGCACAAUGUGUAAUUU